AUGCAAGAAACAACUCAGAAAUCAAGCCUUUCUCACUCUCGUCGCAAUUCUGAAGGAUUUAUCAAUUUAGAAAUAGGUCCUGGCAGCUAUGAGAUAUCAAGCAAAAUCGGAACGACCUCCAUGCUUUAUAAAAACUCCCCACAAGUUACCAUUUCAAAUUCGAAAAUCCCCACAAAUCAAUAUAUAAACAAGCCUUUAUCUCAUUUACUUCAAGGCACUCAAUCUCCAGGCUUCAAUAUUUACUCUCCCAACGCCUCACUUACAUAUCGAUCCGAAACAAAAUUUACGUUUCCAAAAUCCAAGCGUGAAUCCACCUUUAUAAAAUCUCAGCUUGACCGAUCUCCAGGACCUAUUUAUAAUUCGCCUAAACCUAUAGCUCCAUCAGUAAAUUUUUCCAAGGCGCAAAGAUAUUCCUAUUAAUUAAAUAAUCAUAAAAAUCAGAUUUAAAAAAUAAAAUAUUAUUUAAUUAUUUUCUAGCCUAUUUAAUAAUACAUAUAAAAUGUUUGAAAGAUAUGACUCGCCAUCACCAACCUCUUAUAACCCAAAACUCUCUUCCUCAAGUUCUAUGGUCACUAUUAAAUCCGCCCAAAAAACUGACAAAAUCUACGCAAAAAACUACGAAAGAUACCUAAAAGGAAAAUUAAGUCCAGGUCCAGGGUGCUAUAACUUGCAAAGUUUCAGCAAUUUAAUAAAAGGCGGAAUAUUUUCAAAAGUCGGCAGAGACGCUGGAGAAAGUAAACUAUAGUUAGAAUUACCAAAAUUACCAGGUCCAGGAGAUUAUGAAACAGGAAGGAAAAUUUUAACUGAAAAAGGAUCAUUUUAUAAAGGCAAAAAAAAGCUAGACGUAAGAGACUGUAACCUUUAUUUAGACGCUAAAUCAUUUGAGCUAUUCAAGAAUUAA